CCAAGAAGAAAGCAGUGCGCAUUACGCACUCUGCCGUAUCCAAAACUUUAUACGUCUCGUACGAUACAGCUCUUUGUACUCAAUUUCGUAUCUCCUCUGAAAUCUCAGGAAAACCCUAACCCUAGUUUUUGAGUCAUUCACUUGCAAAUGAAUUUCUUCAAAUCCAUCUUAUCAGACGAUACGAACCCUCCAAAAUCCGAGAAUCCCCAAAAAUCUGAUCCCAAUUCCCCCUCAAACCCAUCCUAUAAACACUACGACGAGAACGACGCCAUUGACCAAGAUCAGAGCUGCCGGUCACACGGCCAACCUAAUUCAAACCCUAACUCGACCGAUGGUGGUGGUUGGGGUGGGUGGAGAUUCGGAGGUCUAAUCCAGAGCUAUGCGACCCAAUCGGGGUCAGUACUCCAGACCUACCGUCGCGAUCUCAGAGAAUUUGGGUCGGGGUUGAAGAAAGAAACUUCUUUGUUUCGCGAAGUUGCAAGCCGAACCGUGAAGGACCUCCCGUAUUCGAUUGAAGCGGCUCACGAAGUAAUCGAUGGAGUACUCAAGUCGACUGCCAAGAUCAUCUCCCACCGUAAAGAAGCCCUUCUUUCCGCCUCCGAUUUCCAAAACGAUACGCCUGAUACGAGUUCAAGUUGUAGUUCGAGACGGUAUAGUAGAUUCGAUGCGCUAUUAAGAACUAUUCAGAGUGACGUUAAAACUUAUUGUGAAGAACCUGAGAAUUUGGAGGAUUACAAUAAUUGGAAAUUAGGGUUUGUGUUGGAGGAGAAGAGUCAGGAAGUUGAGAAUUUGAUUGGCGACAGUGGAGCUUUGGAAGGUAUCUAUAAAAGGGUUGUGCCGAAUGAGAUUAACCAUGAUACAUUUUGGUCUCGGUACUUCUAUAGAGUCCAUAAGCUUAACCAACAAGAGAGUGUGAGAGCUAAUCUUGUAAAGAGAGCAGUUUCGAUUAAUGAUGAAGAAGAAUUGACUUGGGAUGUUGAUGAUGAGGAUGAUAAAGAGCAAGAGCUUAAGGAGUCUUCAAAAGGUGAGGAACUGGAAAAUAACAAAGUCCUAAGUGAAGAUUGGCCGCAAAUGAUGAAGGGAGACAGUUAUGAGGGGAAGGCUGAUCAUGGUGAAUCUUGUAGAUAUUGUGCUAUAUCCAUUGUAUCCAGUCAGCAGUCAGUGCCAGACGAGGAAGAGCUUGGGUGGGAUGAGAUUGAGGAUGUUGGGAGCAGUGAUGAAAAGAGGGUCACUGGCGGUGGGAGCCUGAACAGAGCUGAGCUACGGAAGCGACUGAGUGCUGCAGAAGAAGAUGAGGAUUUGACUUGGGAUAUUGAAGAUGAUGAUGAGCCUUUGAAAGCUUGA